GACGGCUUCGGCUAGCGUCGACGACGUCCAAAGCCGCUCGCGAUGUCGGCGCUCCAGAUGCGGUCGGCGCGCGACGACCUCGUGUCGUCCAAGGCCGUCGUGUCCUUCGAGAGCCCGCGCGCCGGCGACGGCCCGCCGCUGGCCCUGGCGCCGGCGCCGCUGCCCCAGUUCGUCGGCGACGCGCGGACGUUCCAGACGCUCUUCGCGCUGCCGCUCGCCGGCGGCGGCGCGACGCUCGCCGUGCACCGCGCGGGCUCGACGCUCGUCGUCGACGGCGCGGACGCGGGCGCGGCGGCGGCGGCGCUCGACGCGCGCGAGGAGCCGUCGUCGCGGCGGCGCCGCGUCCGCGAGGCGCUGAGCCGCGCGGCGCGCCUCGAGGACGGCGGCUUCCGCGACGCCCUGCGCGCGGAGGACGCCGGCGUCGAGGAGGCCAAGGCCGAGCCGCCGCGGCUCCUCGACGCCGCGGCCGCGGCGUUCGAGCCGGGCGGCGCGUCGCCGUCGACGCGCGCGGCGCUGCGCGCCAUCGUCGCCGCGGCCGCGGACUCGCAGAAGUCGCUGGGCGCGCGGCGCUCCGAGGAGGCGGCCCGCGCCGUCGAGGCCCUCGCGGACGCCGCGCUGUGCCCCGCGUACGGCGACGAGGCCGCGGCGCCCGCGGGCCUCCUCGCCGCGCGGCCCUGGCCCGACUACGCGCGCGUGCGCCGAUGGCGCGUCGGGGCCGCCGACGUGCUCUCGGGCAGCGACGCGCUCGUGGACCGCCGCUUCGACGCGGACACGGCCGUGCGCCUGAUCCGCGCGGAGGACGUCGGCGAGCGCGGCUCGCGGCGGCGGGCCGUGCUCGACGGCUGGCUCGAGAACGUCAUCGCCGGCGUGCCCAAGCUCGCCCUCUGCCUCGAGCGCUUCGGGGUCGUCGUCGGCGCCAAGGUGCUCGACACCGCGGAGAUCCCCAAGGCCUUCGCGGACGCCGACGGCGGCGACCACGCGCUCUUCGACGCCAAGUCCGUCGAGGUCCACGCCGCGGCCGUGCUGCGCUUCCUCGCGGACCACUGCGACCGCGACGGCGCGACGUACGCGCUCGCGGACGCGAAGAAGAAGCAGUGGAAGUGGCUGCUGGCCACGCUCUCCGCGCGCUUCGCCCACCGCGUGCGCGCGCACCUGCGGCUCGGCGCCGACGGCGGCGCGGGGGGGGAUCUGGACGCGGCGACGCGGUCGUCGCUCCUCGGCCGGCUCCGGGGUUUGGCGACGACGGCGCUGGACCUGCUCGCGGAGAUCGAGGACAGCGAGGGCGAGCCCCACCUCGCCAUGCGCGCGUCCCUCGAGGAGAUGAAGGCCGCGUCGUUCCUCGACGGCGCGAAGAGCUGGCGGGGCUCGCAGCGGGCCGCGGACCACCCGUGGACCGCGCCCCGGGUCUUCGGCUCCGAGCCGGCCGGCGCCGCGGCGCCCGCGCCCUUCGAGGCGCUGCGCGCCUGCGCGAGCGCGGACCUCGAGAGCGCGCGGGACCGCUUCGAGGCCGCGCUCGCCUUCGCGCUGCGCCUGGCCUCGGAAAAAAAGCGGCGCGUCGAGGACCUGAGCGCCGCGGCCGUCGACUGCGCCGUCGCGCUGGCGGCGGCGCACCUCGAGCGCGUCCAGCCGUCGAACCUCAUGCACGAGCUCCGGCGGGCCGCGACGGGCCUGCGCGGCGGCGGCGGCGGCGACGCCGCGGGCCGCGACGCGCGCGCCGCCGCGGUCUGGCACCUCGCCGCGGCCUUCGCGCGCGGCGUCGACAAGCGGCGCUUCGAGUGGAGCGAGCGGGGCGCCCACGCGCCGGACUGCGUCGCGCUGCUCAAGGACCUCGACGACGUCUUCCACCCGCGGCGCGCGUCCUCGCCCGAGACGUCGCCGGACGCGCGGCGGCGCGCGCCGACCUUCGAGGGCUCGGACCUCGGCGGCGCGGCGCCGGGCUGCUUCCACGCGCCGGACGCGCUCGCGCUCGCCGCGGGCCUCGCGGCCGCGGCCGCCGCGGACGCGGCGUUGUUCGUCGGCGACGCGCGGACGUUCCAGACGCUCUUCGCGCUGCCGCUCGCCGGCGGCGGCGCGACGCUCGCCGUGCACCGCGCGGGCUCGACGCUCGUCGUCGACGGCGCGGACGCGGGCGCGGCGGCGGCGGCGCUCGACGCGCGCGAGGAGCCGUCGUCGCGGCGGCGCCGCGUCCGCGAGGCGCUGAGCCGCGCGGCGCGCCUCGAGGACGGCGGCUUCCGCGACGCCCUGCGCGCGGAGGACGCCGGCGUCGAGGAGGCCAAGGCCGAGCCGCCGCGGCUCCUCGACGCCGCGGCCGCGGCGUUCGAGCCGGGCGGCGCGUCGCCGUCGACGCGCGCGGCGCUGCGCGCCAUCGUCGCCGCGGCCGCGGACUCGCAGAAGUCGCUGGGCGCGCGGCGCUCCGAGGAGGCGGCCCGCGCCGUCGAGGCCCUCGCGGACGCCGCGCUGUGCCCCGCGUACGGCGACGAGGCCGCGGCGCCCGCGGGCCUCCUCGCCGCGCGGCCCUGGCCCGACUACGCGCGCGUGCGCCGAUGGCGCGUCGGGGCCGCCGACGUGCUCUCGGGCAGCGACGCGCUCGUGGACCGCCGCUUCGACGCGGACACGGCCGUGCGCCUGAUCCGCGCGGAGGACGUCGGCGAGCGCGGCUCGCGGCGGCGGGCCGUGCUCGACGGCUGGCUCGAGAACGUCAUCGCCGGCGUGCCCAAGCUCGCCCUCUGCCUCGAGCGCUUCGGGGUCGUCGUCGGCGCCAAGGUGCUCGACACCGCGGAGAUCCCCAAGGCCUUCGCGGACGCCGACGGCGGCGACCACGCGCUCUUCGACGCCAAGUCCGUCGAGGUCCACGCCGCGGCCGUGCUGCGCUUCCUCGCGGACCACUGCGACCGCGACGGCGCGACGUACGCGCUCGCGGACGCGAAGAAGAAGCAGUGGAAGUGGCUGCUGGCCACGCUCUCCGCGCGCUUCGCCCACCGCGUGCGCGCGCACCUGCGGCUCGGCGCCGACGGCGGCGCGGGGGGGGAUCUGGACGCGGCGACGCGGUCGUCGCUCCUCGGCCGGCUCCGGGGUUUGGCGACGACGGCGCUGGACCUGCUCGCGGAGAUCGAGGACAGCGAGGGCGAGCCCCACCUCGCCAUGCGCGCGUCCCUCGAGGAGAUGAAGGCCGCGUCGUUCCUCGACGGCGCGAAGAGCUGGCGGGGCUCGCAGCGGGCCGCGGACCACCCGUGGACCGCGCCCCGGGUCUUCGGCUCCGAGCCGGCCGGCGCCGGGGCGCCCGCGCCCUUCGAGGCGCUGCGCGCCUGCGCGAGCGCGGACCUCGAGAGCGCGCGGGACCGCUUCGAGGCCGCGCUCGCCUUCGCGCUGCGCCUGGCGUCGGAAAAAAAGCGGCGCGUCGAGGACCUGAGCGCCGCGGCCGUCGACUGCGCCGUCGCGCUGGCGGCGGCGCACCUCGAGCGCGUCCAGCCGUCGAACCUCAUGCACGAGCUCCGGCGGGCCGCGACGGGCCUGCGCGGCGGCGGCGGCGGCGACGCCGCGGGCCGCGACGCGCGCGCCGCCGCGGUCUGGCACCUCGCCGCGGCCUUCGCGCGCGGCGUCGACAAGCGGCGCUUCGAGUGGAGCGAGCGGGGCGCCCACGCGCCGGACUGCGUCGCGCUGCUCAAGGACCUCGACGACGUCUUCCACCCGCGGCGCGCGUCCUCGCCCGAGACGUCGCCGGACGCGCGGCGGCGCGCGCCGACCUUCGAGGGCUCGGACCUCGGCGGCGCGGCGCCGGGCUGCUUCCACGCGCCGGACGCGCUCGCGCUCGCCGCGGGCCUCGCGGCCGCGGCCGCCGCGGACGCGGCGUUGGUCAAGCCGCGGUUUUCGCGCGACGCCGCGGACCUGCGGGCCGCGGCCAAGGCGCCGCCGCCGUCGCCGUCGGCCGCCGCGCCGCCGCUGCUGCACCUCGCCUGCUGCCGCGCGCUCGCGCUCGCGCGCGCGGCCGCGGCCGCGCGGCGCCUCGGCGGCGCCGAGCCGGCGGCCCUCGCGAAACGCCUCGGCGACGCGUGCAACGACGUGGGCGGCGCGGCGUCCAAGGCGGGCCACGAGGCGGGCGACGGCGCCCUCGGCGCCCGGGCGCGGGCCUGGCUCGCCGCCGCGGCCUUCCACUGCGGCGGCGCCCUCGACGCCCUCGGCGACGCCGGCGGCGGCCUCCGGCGCGCGGCGUGCGCGGAACUCGCGGCGACGCGGCUCUUCUUGGGAACCGCGCGGCGGCGGCGCCUCUUCGCCGACGGCGGCGGCGAAAGAGGCGAUACAGAAAAGCUGCGCCGGGACGAGGAAGCGGUGCUGGCGCCGCUCCGCGCGGCCGUCGCGGCGGCCGAGGACCUCGACCCCGCCGCGGCCGGGCCGCACCGGUACCAGCUCGGGUCGUUCCUCGCGGCGCGCGCGGCCUCCGCGGCGGCGCCCAAGGGCCGGCCCGACGAGGCCCUCGCGCACCUGGCGGCGGCGAUUUCGCGCUUCGACCGCGAGCGGCGGACCGCGCCGGUGUCCCGGGCGCGCGACGCGGCGCGCGGCCGCGCGCUCGCGGCGCUCGACGCGGCCGCGCUGCUCCGGAGCGCCGCGUUCCCGGACCCGGCGUCGAAGCUGCGGGCGUUGCGGGAGCUCCUCGGCGCCGAGGACGCGCUCGACGACGCCGACGCGCCGGACCUCGCCGCGCGCGUCCGCGGCGCGCUGCCGCCGGCCGCGCGGGACCUCGUCGCCGCGGUCUCCCGCGGCGGCGGCGACGACCUCGCCGCGGCCGCGCGCGCGCGGUGCAAGGCCGCGUACCUCGCGCUCAUGAAGGGCGACGCGGCGGCCGCGCGGCGGGAGCUCGCGCCGCUCUGGGACGCGGGCUAAGGAGGACUUUGCUAG